UCCCUUCAGUAAUACCUCAGCCACUUCCUUCACCAAGUCAGACUGCACAGCUCCAUUCGUGUCGACUGCCCAGAGUCCACGAAUAACAGCCCUGCACCUUCUACCACCACCACCAUCAAUUCAGCCUGACCACACACACACAUACACAAACAGCAAAGCAGCAUAUCUGCAGACCGGCUGUGACAGCACCCACAUUCCAGCUCUCCUGCCUCUGUUCAGACAUGUCACUUUACAGUUUUGGCCUCGAGCCGCUCUCCUGCCACGCCUGGAACAAAGACAGAACCCAGAUUGCAGUGAGUCCUAAUAACAAUGUGGUGAACAUCUAUGAGAAGAAAGGCAAAGAAUGGGUCAAGAUCCAUGAGCUGACUGAGCACAGUGGACGAAUCACAGGCAUCGACUGGGCCCCAGAGUCCAACCGCAUUGUGACAUGUGCUUCUGACCGGAACGCCUACGUGUGGACACUGAAGGAUGGCGUGUGGAAACCCACCCUGGUUCUGGUGCGCAUCAACCGCGCAGCCACGUGCGUGAAAUGGUCACCUCUGGAAAACAAGUUCGCCCUCGGCAGCGGAGCUCGUCUCAUCUCUGUCUGCUACUUUGAGAAGGAGAAUGACUGGUGGCUGAGUAAGCACAUAAAGAAGCCCAUUUGUUCCACGGUCUUGAGUCUGGACUGGCAUCCCAACAAUAUCCUACUGGCAGCCGGGUCUGCAGACCUUCACUGCAGGGUUUUUUCUGCCUACAUCAAGGACAUCGAGGACAGGCCUGGACCCACUGCCUGGGGGGCCAAGAUGCCUUUUGGGGAGGUGCUGCUGGAGCAUAAGGACUGUGGAGGAUGGGUGCACAGCGUGUCCUUCUCCCCCAGCGGAGACCAGCUGGCAUGGGUGGCCCACAACAGCAGCAUCACUGUGGCUGAUGCCGCCCAGAAGAAGGAGGUUACCCAGCUGACCACUGCCCGCUUGCCGCUGCUGAGCGUCCUCUAUGUCAGCCCCACUGAGAUUAUUGCUGCGGGUCAUGACUGUUGCCCGUACCAGUUCACCUAUAAGGGUCCAGGUGCCCUGGAGUUUGUGAAGAAGCUGGACAUCCCCAAGCAGACCUCUAAGGGCAGCUUGUCAGCCAUGCAGCACUUCCGCAACCUGGACAAGAAGGCCACUGAGGACGACAGCAACGAGAUGGACACCCUUCACCAAAACAGCAUCACGCAGCUGUGUGUUGUAUCAGGUGAGAGAGCCAAAGUGCAGAAGUACAGUAGUGUGGGUCUGGAUGGAGCCAUGGUGAUCUGGGAUUUUAAGCAUUGAGACCAGAUGAACAUAAAGAUUGGAGAAACACGAGGAUUACAUCUGCCAGAAAACCCAUGUGCAUAUAUGUGGAACUGCUGAUAUGCUUUUAACUUGAAAACACUGUCAGCACAUGUGUUUUUAAAUAAAGAACAAGGACAUUUUCAGGCCAGACAAUAGAGUGUGGUCAUGUGUUCUUCA